GUGGUGCUGUAAUGAAGACCUAAAAUUGUACUUUUGGAAAAUCUCUGCCUCUCACAUCACAAGGCCGAUUGACUUGAAAUUUAGUCCAGCUUAAAGUGUUCUACCACCCUCACAUACUUCUGCUAUUGGCAGUACCGAACCUGGACCAGCUUUUUGCUGAGACAUACAAAAAAAUAAAUAAAUGAAAAUGACAGUAAUAAGCAUUUGAUAGUAAACAACUGAAGCAAUCCAAGCUAAAAUUAUUAAAAACACUCAUAUAAACACAGUAAGCCAGUAUCGGCCAUGCUAUACACUGUAAACAGUAUUGAAGCUUUUGACACACAUGCAGUGGACUCCCGAAUGAGGCUGUAUGUGUGAACCAUGUAGCAGUCAACGCAGUCAAUGGUGUAAACAUUAAGUCUGCAAAAUGUUCAAGUUAGCCUUCCAUAAAAGAGCAGGAAAUAAUCUGAAACAAAGAGCGAGCGGGCAUGCUGACACUGCUAACAUGACUUCAGACUUACCUCCUUCAAUCGAGGCUUACCAGCUGACAACUCACUCUGAAGCUGAAGAGCAGCACCAUUUCACCUACCAGAGGUGGAUUAUAAUUAGUGACCACAAUAUUUAUUUACCUCUGCAAUGUGUUGUAGUGAUUGAGUAAAGCUAGGUUGCUUUAUAUAAUGCAAUUAUAUUUGAGUAACUUGAGUAGUGGCUGCACAUGCUCUUAAGUCCAAAACAACAUUAAUUUUGCUAACUAAUUUGUUUUACACGACUUCAGACAUACAUGAGACUUGGUUAAUUGCAAUGAAAAACGCAGAAAACCACGUGUUAAUGUCUAACUGUUAGCUAAAAUUUUAAAAAUAUUUCAAAAAAUAGCUAACGUUAAUGUUAAACACAUUAGCGUUAACUGUUCAGUUACUGAACUUCAGUACCAGUGACACAAAAGCUUAGAAAAGUAGCAUAAUUCUCUUCAGAACUGAAGAAGUCUCUUGGAUGAGAGGUGAAACGUCUUUAAGGAACUUUCUUAAAGUCCAGUGGAUUGAUUUAAACUGUGUACAGAUUGUUGUUGUUCACUGUGUAUUGGGUAGUACUCAUUUUGAUUUAGACUGAUUCGUAUACAGAACCCUAUGAUGUUUAUGGUAUACAGCUGAGAACUAGUUGCUAAAAGUACAGAAUAUUAUUCCUUAUUUUAGGUGUGAUAAUUGUCAGUAAACAUUCUAAGAAGUGUAAAUUGACAGGGUUGUAUAUAGUGCUGUUCUUGCACAAUAUUUGUCACUUAAUUGCCCUCAGGAUACUGUCGUUGAGCUUACUAGUUUUACAUAACAGGCAGAUGUUGCAGCUAAUGAUGUUGCAAUUCACAUAAACAAGGAAACAAGUCCAAAAUGAAAAGGUCAUAUACAGCUUUCCUAUUGGGUUAAAGAGCCAAAAAAAAGAAAAAAAGAAAAAUACUUUGUAAAAGCAAGAAGUCAAUUGCAGCUUUCAUUUUUUCUCACAACUUUUUGGUGGCCCCCCCAAAAUAUCUGUUGUACCCCACUGUGCCCCCUACUAAAAUUAAUCUGGAUCCACCCCUGGAGAGCAGAGCCUACUCAGGGACUGAUUACAGAGGCAGCAGCUCAACAGCAGAACCACAAGUUAGGGAUCAGACAGAUGAAGAUGAGUCGGUUGAUAGUUUUGAUUACUUUGCUCGUCCUCAGUCACAGGAUGUACAUACAUACAUUCCAAUGGUGUAAAAAAUAGUGUUGGAGAUUUGAUUUUAACUCAUGUUCUCGUGUUUGUGAAAUCUAAGUUGUGAUGGAACUGUUUCCUUGCAGAGGAAAAAGAGAUGAUAUUAGAAAGUACAAAACUUUAUUUUAUUUUUUUAAUUUAAAAUGACAUUUUUAUUUAUUCUUUUGUUUCAUUUUUAAGGUUUAGAUAUCUGUGAAUGCUUAUUUCAACGGAAUAUAGUUUCUGAUAUUGUUGUGAAGAAUAAUGUUGGAGAUGUGCACUCUUGCUGAAAUAAAUCCUCAUUGUGAAGCAACCCUUACCUGCACUGAAUUGUAAAUAUUUUAGAAAAAUACACAAGGCUUUACAGAACAGUACACUAUUGUAGACCUAAUUUGUAAGGUUAUAAUUACAUGAUUUUAAUAAUUAUAGGUCAUGAUCUAAAGUGGGCUGGUCUUAGGCAUGAAACUCCAGGGCUGAAAAUGAGUCCCACCCCGGCCCCGGACAACUCUCCAUACGCACUGACAAAUAUUUUUCUACAAUAAUGUCUCCACAUUUGUUCACCGCCAUUCAGAGCGCAAAAUGGAAAUUCGUCAAGUGGGGUAACGUUAGCCUAUACCGGAAAACUGCUCAUCAUGUCUUCAUAAGUGCCUGAUGAGUUUGGAAAGGAUGGGUGUGUCUCCAUAACUAGAAUACUCAAUCCUGCAUAUGCGUUGAAAUGCUCAGUGAAACAUCAUGAAAUACUGCACUAUUAUUGUAUAUACAUGAAUAAUCACUAUAAAAUCAGUAUUGCAUGCAUGUGUAAGGAUCUGUGGUACAUCUUUUUUUUUCUAAAGUGCGGCAGAAGGAUAGCAGUCAUCCUCCCGACUAAUGACAUUUAGAAAGCUCUUAUUCUGUGCAGAAUUUAGGGACGUAAUCAUCAGCUCUUUUAAUGUGUUCAUUGUAAUGUGGAUAUUUUUAGAACUGUUCAGUAGCCCUACUGUGUGAAUCAACGAUGAAAAAUGAUCGCUUUCGGGAAUUUUUUUGAAAGACUUGGUUGCAGGGGCUCUGGGGAAUUUUGUUUUGAAAGGCGGUACCGGCUGUGUGGACUUGACGCUGCAGCGGAAUGAGAGCAGCCUGUUCAGUUGGUGUGUAGUGAUUGCAAUGUGGAGCUGAGCGUUAGAAUGUAACCUGUGGACAUACUGACGAAAUGGAUUAACACUGAGUGAGAAGCUCCUGCUGCAAUCCUCUGACAUCAAAUCACAAAAAUCAAGUGACAACUUCUCCUGUGCCACAAGAUGGGGAAUGGAUUAUCAGUUCAUCACUCCCUCCUCCCCUGCCUUCCUUCCUUCCAGGCCCUCCACAUUGUUAUUCUAGGACUGGACUGUGCGGGCAAGACCACCAUGCUGUACCGCCUGCGGUUCAAUGAGUUUGUGAACACUGUCCCGACUAAAGGUUUUAACACAGAGAAGAUCAAAGUGUCACUUGGAGGAAGCCGACAAACAGCGUCCUUCCAUUUUUGGGAUGUAGGAGGUCAGGACAAGCUGCGGCCUCUGUGGCGUUCUUACACACGCUGUGCAGAUGGCAUUGUGUUUGUGGUGGACUCAGUGGAUGCCGAGCGCAUUGAAGAGGCCAAGACAGAGCUGCACAAGAUUACACGGCUGGCAGAGAACCAUGGAGUGCCAGUUCUGGUGGUGGCUAACAAACAAGACUUAAGGAACUCGCUGAGUCUGGCUGAGAUGGAGAGCAUGCUAGCUCUUGGUGAGCUCACCACCACCACCCCCUGGCACCUUCAGCCUGCUUGUGCUAUCAUUGGUGAGGGGCUGCAGGAAGGACUGGAGAAGCUCCACGUCAUGAUCAUGAAAAGGAGAAAGAUGCUGCGACAGCAGAAGAAGAAGACAUGAUAUGUCAACAAUGGGAAUUCUAAAAUCUGAGCUGGAUCUAAAGCUACAUGAGAACUACUGUGAGGUUCAUGCAGUCUGCUGGUUCAUUGUGUUUGCUGUGAAAGAGACACAAUGACCCCAUCCGGUUGGCUACCCCUUCGAAGUCUCACUACUUGGGUUUGCUCCUUCCAGUGAAACUGCUUGUUCAGGUCAGCCAGUAUUUGGCCCAGCAGGGGACCAUGGCAUUGAUUUUUUUUUCCGGCUGGCAAGAAUCAGCAACAAGUCCUUCUGAUGAAAGUACAGUAAUAUGCUACACAUCAGCAACCUAUGAAGUUAUGCUGAAUUCUCAGAGAUGAAAAAUUAGCUCUUAUUUAUGUUAGUUGGUAAAAUAUGUGCUGCAUCUGUUAAAAAUCAGUCAGCCUUUAUAUUUUUACUCUACCAAAGUUCUGGUAGAAUCACCUUAGAUAGAGCCAAGUUUUUAGAAGGUUCCUGGCCUUCUUGUGGCCGAAUGUCUAUGAAUGACAAGCUAAGAGCACAGUCACACUGCUAGCAGCACAUGUCCGGGUACCAUGCAACACAAUAACAAAAGAAGAGGGACACCACUUUGACAGUAGCUCCAAAAUGCCAGAAUGCAAUGCAGUGUUAUUGUCUGAGUCUGAUUAUUUGACUAGUAGUUCCUUAAAUCCAAUCAGGGACUGUGUUACAAGUCAUUCAUUUGACUGGACCAAAAGAGAGUAUUUCAUAUAUGGUCCAAAAUUAGCUUAGAUUGCUGUCAGUGUUACUCAGUAAAUAGCAAGCAACAUCAGUGCACAAAUGCUAAAAGCCAGCGUUACCUGUUAAACAAACACUGGUUUAUGAACAUAAACAUUUCAGUAGAUGGCAAAAAUAAAGUAUGGAGGAUGAUAUCCAAAUGUUAUCGCUGGAUUGGUGGAAGGGAAAUAAAAACUGGAACCAGUUUAACCUUUCUUAGCCAACAAUAGCUGGUUUAUUACUGAUCAUAACAUACAUUAAUUAUCUCUCUCCUUUAACUUGAUCAUUUAUAUUUGUAAGAAAUAGAUUGAAUUUGAUCAGUUUUCUUCAGAUGUACCCUAACUUUUUGUUAUGAUUCAAUCACUUUUAUGUGUAAUGCAUUAUUAAUUUUAUAAAAGGCUCUGCAGUUGGCUGCUUGACAUUUAUGGCAGGACAAAUUCAGGGAAAGUGGAGACACCAAAAUGCAAAGAACUGUUGAUUACUGAACUGAUUAUUUUGACAGCAGUUCAUUUCAUCUCCACGUGGCUGUAAAAGGUGAGAAUUGCUAACUAGGGCUGAUUUGAAACUAAAAGAAGUAAAAUAUUGAUUCAAAAGAAUAAUUUUACACACACACACACACACACACACACACACACACACACACACACACUGUAAUUGUGGUUUGAUCUUGCAAGAUAAUUUUUUUAAGUCAAGCUACAGUUUAACCCUCUGAACCUCAAAACCCGCUUGUGAGUUUGAAAGGCAAGUUAUCUUAUAAAAAUCACCAAAAUGACACAAUUUAUCAGCCAGAAACUGUAAAAAUAGAAAGAAUCAUCAUAUUUGUAAACAGAAAAGGAAAAACAUUACACUUCUUGACACAACAGAGAAAUCAUGACUAACUUAAUUGUAUGUCACAUGACACAAAUUCAGGGACUUUUUGUUUGAACUGCAGGCUGUGUUUGCAUAGAGCAGAACAGAGAUGGGUAUGGAAACCCAACUAUAUAAGGUUGUAAAAUAUUCUUAGUAGGCCUAUGUAGAGCAUUUCCAGUAUUGGUAACAUCCAUUGACUCUUGGAAAAGCAGUGGAUAUGUUCAUUCUACGAUAUUUUUUUUAUUAUUUUUGUGAAUUAAAACAAGAAAUUAUACUUUGGUAUUUCUUUUUAAAAUUAUUUAUAGCAUUAUAACUUUGUUAUACUGCACAGAAGACAUGUCUGUGUUCUCUCUCCUUCUGGCCAUGUUUAGGGUGUUUCUGAAGAGGUCAGGACUUUUUAUUGUGUGAAAAAUGAGGCCAAAGUAAGUAAAAAUGUGACAUUUGCAAAAGAUAUUUUAAAACUGCUUGGGGUUCAGAGCGUUAUUGAUCACUGUGCAAUGAUGUGAUUUAUAAUGCGAUUGAACGUGAGAUACCAUCAAAUGUCUGUCACACAGGGAGGAUUUAUUGGUUCUGUGUUCAACCCUACCACAUUUAAAAUCACUUUCCCACUAUGAUUGUCAGGGUGUUCACAUCAAUGUGUUUGAUCCACUGUGUUCACUUGGAAUAAAGCAGCAAAAGAAAAGACAA